GGAGGGCCGGCGCAGCCAGUGGCAGCGUUGGGCGGAGGGUGGGCGCAGCCAGUGGCGGCGUUGGGCAAAGGGUUGGCGCAGCCAGUGGCGAUGCUGGGCGGAGUUACGGCACGGCCAGUGGCGGAGUUGGGCGGAGGAUCGGCCCAGCUAGUGGCGGCGAUGGGCGGAAGAUCGGCGCAACCAGUGGCGGCGUUGGGCGGAGUUUCCGCGCAGCCUUGGUCCAGUCAGCGGCGUUGGGCGGAGGGUCCGCGCAGUCUCUGGGCAGCCCGUGGCGUUGGGUGGAGUUUCGGCGCAGGUAGUGGCGGCGAUGGGCAGAAGAUCGGCGCAGCCAGUGGCGGCGUUGGGCGGAGGAUCGGCGCAGGUAGUGGCGAUGGGCAGAAGAUCGGCGCAGCCAGUGGCGACGUUGGGCGGAGUUUCCGCGCAGCCUCGGCCAAGUCAGCGGCGGUGGGCGGAGGGUCCGCGCAGUCUCUGGGCAGCCCGUGGCGUUGGGCAGAGGAUCCGCGCGACCUCCUGCGCAGAGGGCGAAAGCAUCCGCGCAGCCUCCGCGCAGUCAGCGGAGUUGGGCAGACGAUCUGCAUAGCUAGUGGCGGCGCUGUCUGGUCCCACUGCGCGCCGUUGUCACUGUCGUUCCCGCGAAUAGUACGAGCUGCAGCAAUAGACCUCCGAUCGUUUGUCCUCAUCCUUCUCGACCUUAGUCUAUAGCUCUAUCUCCUACUGCGCGCUGUUGUCGCUGUCUGGUCCUAUAGACUUUUCAUUGAGCUAUUACACUCCACCUGCUCCAUCUC